CACAACAACAUCACUGUGUGUGUGUGUGUGUGUUCAGUGGGAUGCUGUGGAUGGAUGAAUCCUCGGAGCGGAGUCACCACCAUUACAUCAUCUUUAUUCCCAUUCAGCCUCAACGGGAGAGCACCACUUGUUUUUACAGGGGAUCAAAGAGGAGCAGAAGCAGAAGCAGCAGCAGAAGCAGCAGCAGCAGAAGCAGUGUCUGCUCUUCAUACAUGAUGAAGACACAUGAGCAGCAGCUUCAGUAGCAGCAGCAGAAGCAGCAGCAGCAGCAGAGUCAAUGAGGAGGGGCAGAGGAGAGGAGACGUGCACCGUCAUCAGCAUCUGUCCCUUUGUGCUCACCGGAGAAUGUGAAUGGCGCGAGAUGACAUGGCAGAGGUAGACCUGGCAUCACACGGAGCAGCGGCGGAACCCCCGGGCGGCGGCGGCGGCGGAGGAGGAGGAGGAGGAGGGGGAGAGGCCUGCACCUCUGCGUUCCCCUACGAGGAGUACGAAUGCAAAAUCUGCUACAAUUACUUCGACCUUGACCGCCGGGCCCCCAAGAUCCUCGAGUGUCUGCACACGUUCUGCGAGGAGUGUCUGAACACGCUGCACCUCCGGGAGGAGCGGCCAUGGCGCAUCAGCUGCCCCGUCUGCCGCCACCGGACUCCGGUGCCGGACUACCGGGUGCAGAACCUGCCCAACAACACCAAGGUGACGGAGGAUUUCCCGCUCUACAUCGACUCGGACCCGCUGCCCCAGGACGCUCUGCCGCCCUACCCUCCACCGCUGCACCCGGCCCUCAUCGCCCUGCGCCGGGAGGAGGCGUCGGGGACGCCCAGCGCGAGCCAGGCGACGCCGUCCACCACCGUGUCCACGGCCACGACACUCUCCCAGGACUCGGUGCGCUACGACAGCUGCCAGAGCUGCAAGCGCGUGGCUCUGACCACCGGCUGCGUGUGCGUAAUCUUCUCCUUCCUGUCCAUGCUGGUGCUGCUCUUCAUGGGCCUGAUCUUUGUGCACAGUCACAGCAUUCCUCCAUCACCGGCGGGACCCAUUUGUCUGUCUGUGGCCAGCAUCCUGGCCAUGUUCUCGGUGGUGGUCACGUGGCUCAUCUGCUGGCUCAAAUACAGACCAGACCAUGAGACGGGUCGCUCCACCGCCACCACUAACUCCAGGAGAAACGCCUGACAGACAGACAGACAGACAGACAGGCAGACAGGCUGUGAUGGACCUGUUGUUGUUGCUGGGGGAGUGUGAUCAUGUGAUCAUGUACAUAUACUGACAGCUGAUUCUCCUGCUCCCUUUACUUUUCUAUAGGAAGAAAUUCUCACCCCAAAAAUGGCCUUUAAUCAGUAAAGCAAACACACGAAGGCCUUCAUGUUGUUGUUGUUGUUGAGCCGACGUGACCCUUAACUCAUCUUUAAAGGUCCAGUGUGUAACAGGUCAGAACUGCGUUUAAUCUGCAGAAUGUGAAAAUGGUGUCACAUUAAAAAGAGUCUGAUUUUCGUAGAAUCAGAAAAAGCCUUUUUUCUGAGCGUCAGGCAGGCGUCGGUCGUCCUUAUGCCGCCAUGUUUCUACAGAAGCCCAAACGGACAAACCCGGCAGACUGUAUGUUUUGAAGCAGAAGCUUACGACGCUAGCACUGGGAAUCUUUAUUUACCUCGCGAUUUAAAUCCAUUACGAUUUUAAAACUGCAUCUUAAUACAAAUUUCCCUGGAAAUCUAAAUCCUUUGCGAUGAAAAUAACAACAUAGUUUGUGAUGAGCUUCAUGUUUUCUCAGUUCUGUGGACCAUUCGUCAUUUGUUCAUCCUCCAGCUCCAGGUGCUAACGUGACAUGUUGCUGCUCAUGUGUCUUCGUUUGUUUCACACAGUGAAGGCUUUUGUGCAGCUCGCUCAUUCACUCUGUAUUCACUCUGUAUUCACUCUGUAUUCACUCUGUAUUCACUCUGUACUCUGUAGAAGCCAAACAACAUUUUACACUUCAGUGAUAGCUCUCGCUCAGCUAUCUUUGCUAAAGCUAACGAGGCGGCACAUGCAUGAACACCACGUGAUCAGAUCCAGUUUAUUGACACAAAAGUUGGGCUCGACCAAACACAGUGUUAAAGCGGUGAAUUUUCCUUCAUCUCUUUUUCAGAUUAUGGCUGUAUCAUUAUUAUUAUCAUUGUUAUUAUUAUUAUUAUCAUUAUUAUUAUCAUUAUUAUGAACUCAUAAUCGUUUAAGAGAGAAUCUGGAUGUGUUGAAAAUAGACUCUCACUGCCAAUACUUGCUAUCUUACACAAAUCAAAGUAAAUAAUAAUAAUAACACAGUACUCAGGAUGCAUGAUAUUAUCGGCACAAUAUCGUUAUUGGCCGAUAUUGGCCUGAUAAACCUGAAUAUCUGUAUGGGUUGUUGGCCCAAACACUCCUGAUAUAUCGAAUAUCGGCAAAAAGUCCAAUAUUGUGCAUCCUUACUGUCCUUAAAGAGCCUGGUAUCAGCCUCAAUGCUCUUGUUGCUGACCACGCUAAAGCUUGUGUCCUUCCCUGAGUGGAGUCCUCCGUGCGUUGCAGUUUUCAGUCUCACCACUAGACGUCACUGAUUCUUACACACUGGACCUUGAAAAGGAUAGUUCUUUAGGAGGGAAGUAUAAGGUACUCAUGCAGAGUCGUACUCUGGGUUUCCAUGAGCGUGUUUUAAUGCAAACUUUUGAUUUGAUUGAUUUGUUUUUGGAUAAAAACAACAAAACAGGAAACUCUUCUUGAAAUAUCUGAAAGUUUUUGCUGUAGCAGGUGGAAAAGUUAGUAUAGAUAAAAGUUGAAUGUGAAUAAGUGCAAUGAAAACGUCACUUUAGCUUUUGCAUUUCACUGCAAUGGCAGGAGAAAGAAAAUGAAGGUGUGGACUGAUGAGAAAACCACGGCAUUCUUCCUCUACAAUGAUACAUCAUGAUAGUCCUUUAUUAUUGUCCUUUAGUCUCAAGGUUCAUUUACAGUAUAUGUCAUCAGGUUGAGCUCCUGCUGCUUAUUUCACUGAUUCAUGAGGUAACUUUUAGUUUGUUGUCCAGUUUGCAGAAGGACACAAGAAUGAUUCAACAUGAGAGAAACAGCAGAGAAAACAUUUGUCGCUGUAUGUUUGGUUUGAAAGUAUCUGCCACAUGAUAACACAGUGUUAGAAUAUGUUCUGACUUUAUUGUGUCAGGAAAGAGCAUGGUUUCUAACACACGUAAAUAUCCUUCAUUUAACAUUAAAUGCCAAAGAAAUAAAGCAGGUAUUAUCUGAAUUGAAAGGUAAUAAUAAGUGUGGUUUAUGAUCAUGUAAAACAGAUCAUAAACAAACAAGAAAACAACCUUAACAGCUGAGAAACAAGUCUGUUUAUCAGGAUAUAAACUUAAAUAGAUAUAUUUAAAAUUCAUAACGCCCAGCCUUACAGAAAGCAGUAUAUCAUGGUCAGAUGUUUCCUAUAUUGUGGUAACAAUCAGAAUGUUAGUGAUUUGAAUCCUUUGACAUGGACCCGUUCUCAUCAGAACCAUUUUUGUUCCACGCUGAACGCUGACUCAGCACGAGUACCUCAUACACCGCCCACUUUAAAAACCCUCAACUGCCUCUUUGAUUUUGCAGCGUCGGUCGUAAGAUGUGUCUGUUCUGAUGACUGAAUGUGAAGCGCUGAUCCCCGCCCGCCCUGUUCUGCUCAAUGAUAUGCAUAUACUGUACUAUGCCAGUCACUGUAUGAUAACUCUCCACUUAUAUCUCAGCAAAACACUUUGGUAUUUGUACAGAUUCACUUCUUUUCAGUGAGUUUUCAGGCAAUGAUCCUAGUUUUCUUUCCUCAAGUGUUGCUGAGAGGAACUGCAUAUUCCUAAUCCGUCCUAAUCCUUGCGCUUUUACCUUCAGAAUGGCACCGUUGUUGUGACAAUGAAAACUGCAUCUCUACCAGGCAAAAGGACACAAAUGGAUGAAAAAGCUUGUUGUGUUGUUCAGCGCAUGUUCUACCACUGAAGGACAGUGUUUGUGUUCGUGGAAGAGACUCCUGUGUGUCUCCUGACUCCUGCGCCUCAACAACGAAGCAAACAUGAGCAAAAAAAGGUCAUGAGCGGGCCUCCCACCACGAGGUGUAGGCAGGGAUUUCCUCCUCUUGUCCCGUUAAUCUAAGAGGGUUUCCAAUGCAGAGCACCUUGUUCUUCUUAAUCAAAAUGUCUUUCUUUAAUAUUUCAAAGGCAAACAUCUACUUUAAAACCACUUCCAGGUUUCACAAGUGAGAAUUCAUGUGUUCUAAUGUAGGACUGAACCAUUCGAUUGCCUUCUAAUAGAAAUCACACAUUUGAAACAGCGGGUAGCUGCAAUUUAAAUGUUACGGAUUUGAUGUUUCACUAUUGCUUAGUGCUCCAUCACCUUUUCAAUUUAUUACAGAAACCUCACAAUAAGCCGUUUUCUCCUAAUGGUUCGGUCUGUUUAUGAUAAGUUUGGGAACUUAAGGAGUGUUGACAAAGACAGAACUUUACUUUUCUGUGUCGACCACAGUCAAAACCUUAAUUAGCACAAAGCAAAUGCUAAGUUAAACUAAUCCAGAACUUUACAUGUUUUCUCAGAGUAAAGUUGAUCCAAACAACAACAAAAAGUAUUAACGUCAGAUUACAAUCAACAAAGAGCCUACAGUGAGUUGUCUUCUUGUCGUUAUUGUCGGGUGUUGGUAAAACAUGUAUGGAGUCUUUACCAUUAUUCUUCCGUGUGAGACCUUUGUCGUGGUCACUCAUUGCUGACUGAUAUGUUCUGGUCCGUGGAGCGUGCCGAGUGUUUGGAGUGUUUGGAGUGUUUGGAGCGUGUGGAUUGCACACUUCCUGCCCUCAGACCUUCCUGAUGACUUUAGUGCAGAAUGAUCUGGACACCAACGUGGUCCCAGACGAGCGCUUUUUUCAAUCUUCUCCUCCCCAACUCUGUGAUGAUGCACUUUCCUCCCCCUUUAUUUGUCACAAAUAACUGGGGGGUAAACCUUUGACAAACAUAAGCUUAUAUUGUAUUUAUUUCCGAGGACCUAGAACAUGUCGUGGGUUUUUAUGAGAUUUUGUGGUUUGUGUUUGUCGAAGUACCAAAUGUAUUUGCACAGGGAAACUGUCCCUUUAUGUGCUGUUUUACAAACAUCAAUUACAUUUCUGUAAUAAAGAAAAACACAAGGA